AUGUACCCAGAAAAAAGGGGAGAAAUGGACCUUCGUGUCUUUUCCUUCAACUGUUGGGGAUUGCGAUUUGUGUCGAAAUAUCGCACAGAACGCUUGAAGGAAAUUGGUAAGAAGCUCGCUGAUUCUGAUUACGACAUCGUGCUUUUACAGGAAGUAUGGUCCAUCCAUGACUUCAAUGAAAUUCGCAGCCAAGUAAGUGGGAACCUUGUUUAUUCGAGGUUUUUCCACAGUGCUGCAAUGGGAGCUGGACUUGCGAUGCUUUCCCGAUUUCCCAUCAUUGAGUCUGCUAUGUGCAAGUACCCUCUCAACGGCCGUCCGCAAGCCUUUUGGCGAGGUGACUGGUACGUUGGCAAAGGUGUAGCAACUGCCAGUUUGCAGCAUCCUUCUGGAAAAACCAUUUCGCUAUUCAACACUCACUUGCAUGCUCCUUAUGGUAAAGGUCCAGAUACUUAUUUAUGUCAUCGACUUUCUCAGGCAUGGUUUAUCUCCAAACUGCUUCGUGCGGCAGUCCAACGAGGUCAUAUCGUAGUUGCUGCUGGUGACUUUAAUAUUCAACCUUUAAGUGUACCUCAUGAAAUCAUUACUUCCUAUGGUUUGGUCCAAGACGCUUGGCUGACGGUACAUCCAGAACAAGCUACGCAUCCUCCUAACCGUUAUGCCAUGUCAGAUCAAGAGUUGGUAGACAUUGCUGGAGCUACAUGUGAUUCUCGUCUCAAUAGCUGGCGUGAAACUAUUUCCUCAAAGGAUAUGGAUGACUUUGUCGCUAAGCGUUUGGAUUACGUCUUUCAUUCACCUAGUACAAGUACUGCCACUCAGUCUAAAGUUGUCUUUACUGACCGAAUUCCUCAAUUGGACUGCAGCUAUUCAGAUCAUUUUGGCAUUGAGAUGGAUUUGAAGAUUCUUGAACAACCUGUAGUACCCGCGGAAACACGUGUCCGUCAUACAAUUAUUGAUGACACCCUUGGUAUCACGUAUCAAUAUAUGGCAAGGGAAAGAUUGCAUAUGCGUCUCCGUAUAGCAGAGCUCUUAAUUUCUAUACCUAUUAUUAUCGGUGUGCAUGUUGCAAUUGUAUGGUGUGAUCCUGCAUGGCUUAAGGUGAUCAUUCUUUUUUUCACAGUGGUUAUCGCUGUUGCAGCUGCGGUAAAUGGUUUUUGCAUCGGCCUGUUAUUCGGAAGAUGGGAAUUUAAUGGUCUUUUGGAAUUUGCUGCCGAACUAAAAGAGCAAAAAUUAUUGUGCAAAGAGUACUAUAUAGACCAUUCUUCGUCUUAG